AAUCAGACCCCGAGUGUGAAAAACAGGGUGGGGGCAGAGAUAGACCUUCGGGCAGACUGCACUGGUUCAGUGCGUAUCCUAGGAACAUGGCCGAUGGUUUUAAUGCUGGUGAUUAACCAGAUGAGACAGUCAAAACUAUUUUGUUACAUGAGAAGGUACAAGAAAAGGAGUUUAAACUUGGCAAGGUGGUUAGCUAGCUACCGACCGUCGAUCGAGCAGAGGGGGUGUUAUUGGCUGGAGAAAAGGAAAACAACAUGGCGGCCUUGGAGCUCGAAUGGAUCCCAGAGACACUGUACAACACUGCUAUAUCAGCAGUGGUGGACAAUUACAGUCGAUCGCGAAGAGAUAUUCGUUCCCUCCCUGAAAAUAUUCAAUUUGAUGUGUAUUACAAGCUGUACCAGCAGGGUCGGCUAUGCCAGCUAGGAGGGGAGUUCUGUGAGCUGGAGGUGUUUGCCAAAGUUCUAAGGGCAUCUGACAAAAGACACCUCCUGCACCAUUGCUUCCAGGCCCUGAUGGAUCAUGGGGUGAAAGUGGCUUCUGUCCUGGCCAACUCCUUCAGCCGCCGCUGCUCCUACAUUGCAGAGUCUGAUGCCCAUGUGAAAGAGAAGGCCAUUCAGUUUGGCUUUGUUUUAGGUGGCUUUCUGUCUGAUGCAGGUUGGUAUGGUGAUGCAGAGAAGGUGUUUCUGUCGUGUCUGCAGCUGUGCACACUGCAUGACGAGGUGCUUCACUGGUACCGUGCUGUGGAGUGCUGUGUCAGGUUGCUUCAUGUCCGGAAUGGCAACUGCAAGUACCAUCUUGGUGAAGAGACUGUCAAGUUGGCCCAGUUGUAUAUGGACAAAUUGGCCAAACAUGGUCAUCAGGCCAACAAGGCUGCGCUCUAUGGAGAGCUGUGUGCGCUGCUCUUUGCUAAGAGCCACUAUGAUGAGGCCUACAGGUGGUGCAUAGAGGCAAUGAAAGAAAUCACAGUGGGUUUGCCUGUUAAAGUUGUGGUAGAUGUCCUGAGACAGGCCUCCAAGGCCUGUGUGGUAAAGAGGGAGUUCAGUAAGGCAGAGCAGCUGAUAAAGCAUGCUGUUUUCCUGGCACGUGAGCAUUUUGGACACAAGCAUCCCAAAUAUUCAGACACUCUCCUUGAUUAUGGGUUUUAUUUGCUGAAUGUGGAUAACAUCUGCCAAUCAGUUGCAAUAUACCAGACAGCUUUAGAUAUCCGGCAGUCGGUUUUCGGGGGAAAGAAUAUCCAUGUGGCCACAGCACACGAGGACCUGGCAUACUCCUCCUAUGUCCAUCUGUACAGCUCUGGCAAAUUUGACAACGCGCUAUUCCACGCAGAGAGGGCCAUAGACAUCAUCACUCACAUUCUCCCAGAGGAUCAUCUGCUGCUGGCCUCCUCCAAAAGAGUCAAAGCUCUGAUCCUGGAGGAGAUCGCUAUUGACUGCCACAACAAGGAAACAGAGGAGAGGCUGCUCCAGGAUGCCCAUGACCUCCACCUCUCCUCCCUCCAGCUGGCCAAGAAAGCCUUCGGGGAGUUUAAUGUUCAGACAGCGAAACACUAUGGCAACCUGGGCCGCCUCUACCAAUCCAUGAGGAAGUUCAAGGAGGCAGAGGAGAUGCACAUCAAGGCCAUCCAGAUCAAGGAGCAGCUUCUGGGUCAGGAGGACUAUGAGGUGGCUCUGUCUGUGGGCCACCUGGCCUCUCUCUACAACUACGACAUGAACCAGUAUGAAGAUGCUGAGAGGCUCUACCUGCGCUCCAUCGCUAUCGGUAAGAAGCUGUUUGGCGAGGGCUACAGUGGACUGGAAUACGACUACAGGGGCCUAAUUAAACUGUACAACUCUUUGGGGAACUAUGAGAAAGUCUUUGAGUACCACAAUAUUUUAUCCAAUUGGAAUCGGCUGAGGGACCGGCAGUUUGCUGUAGCUGAUGCCCUGGAGGACGUCAACACCAGCCCCCAGGCCACAGAGGAGGUGGUGCAGUCCUUCCUACUGUCACAGAACCAUGGGGCCGGCCCACCUGCUUAGGCUUCCUACACAGACACAUGCACAUACAUGCCCACACGCAGAUAGAAACGCUAAGGUGUUCACAGCUCGCUUAAAUCUAUUGAACACACCCUCUCCACAUCAAGUUACACGGUUGGCCUUGCAAUGGGCCACCUGGCUUUAGGGAAAUGCACUAUGGCCUGUGGAAUGCAUCUGAUCCAGUCUUUUUAUCGUUCUCCUGUGAUCAACCCUGCAGAUAACAUUUGAUGGGAGGAAUCACUUGCUAUACACUUUGCAUUACCUAACACCGCUUUCAUCUCCAUCAGUCUUCUGUUAGAGGUAUUGAGACCGGGGGGACAAUUAGAACAUAGUGUUUUAUAAAAUAGUACAUGGGGUUUUUUCUGCUUCAUUUUUUGUCAGAGCUUGCCCUUUAUUGACCAUUGAUGUCCCCUGUAAGCAUGGAUUCAGCACCACUUGGCUUUUUGCUUUGGUCAAUUAUAAAAAGCCAGUGACUUUUUCUGGGUGCAAUCCUUCUGUUAUUGUGCUAAUGUCAUGAGGGAGUUUACAACCCAUUUCAUCCAUGGACCAAAUCUUUGGUUCUAUUUAUUUUUGGAACAUCUGUUUCUGCCUCACUCUAAAGAUGUUGUUGGUGCAGUCCUUCAUGCAUGCGUUUUAAAGGUUGUCUGUGAUUUGAUGAAUUUGAAAUGCACCAGCAUGUGUAUUGAAUUGGACCACAAUUGAAUUGGACCACAAUUGUGCUCCACAAUUGUUGGACCACUGACUUAUGGAAUAUUUGAAAGUGUACGUUAGAGUACCUUUUGUGGAAUUAAAUUGCCAAGUAUUUAUAAGGAAUUUCAUGAAGCUAAACCAAACACAAGUCAGCUAAAACUUGCUAUUGAGAACUCCCUCCCUGUCGGACUAAGACCCUCAAAACACACCGUUAACAAUAGAAUGGGUCUCGUGUUUUUCAUUUUAGAAUGAAGAUGGUAAAGGUAGUAGUGCUAGUGAACGGUUACCUAGUGCAACAUUAAGUAAUGAUGUACCCCAUUUUGUAUGGACUAGGUAAAUAGAAAUGAUUGCCUUGCUUUUAAACAUGCACGUCUGUCUCAUGGCUGUUAAUUUUACAUGUGCUGUUAUAGUCCAACUGAAGUCCAAGCCUUAGCCUUAAAGGACGAUCAGCCCAAGGUGCUCUUGCUCUGGUUAUUAGCAUGCUUCCUUUCCAUAUGCCGAGACGGGAAGGUCACAUGUUUGACCUGACAUGCACUACAUGGCCAAAAUUAUGUGGACAUCGCUUCAAAUAAGUGGAUUUGGCUAUUUCAGCUACACCCAUGCUGAUAGGUAUAUAAAAUUAAGGACACAGCCAUGCAAUCUCGAAGGCCAAACGUUGGCAGUAGAAUGGCCCAUUUUGAAAAGCUCAGUGACUUUCAACGUGGCACCAUCGUAGGAUGCCACCUUUCCAACAAGUCAGUUUGUCAAAUGUCUGCCCUGCUAUAGCUGCUAUGGUCAACUGUAAGUGCUGUUAUUGUGAAGUGGAAACGUCUAGGGGCAACAACUGCUCAGCCGCGAAGUGGUUGGCCACACAAGCUCACAGAACAGGAGUGUAGGGUGUAGUGCAUAAAAAUCAUCUCCUUGGUUGCAACGCUCUCUCCCGAGUUCCAAAUUGCCUCUGGACGCAACGUCCGCACAAGAGCUGGUCGUCGGGAGAUUCGUCAAAUUAAGCUUCAUGAAAUGGGUUUCCAGCUGCAUACAAGCCUAAGAUCACCAUGCGCAAAUGCCAAGCGUUGGCUGGCGUGGUGUAAAGCUCGCCGCCAUUGGACUCUGGAGCAGUGGAAACAAGUUCUCUGGAUUGAAUCAUGCUUCAGCAUCUGGCAGUCCGACGGGCUAAUCUGUGUUUGGUGGAUGCCAGGAGAACACUACCUGCCCCCAAUGAAUAGUGCCAACUGUAAAGUUUGGUGGAGGAGGAAUAAAGAACUGGGGCUGUUUUUUGUGGUUCGGGCCAGGCCCCUUAGUUCAAGUGAAGGGAAAUCUUAACGCUACAGAAUACAAUGACAUUCUAGAUGAUAAUGUGCUUCCAACUUUGUGGCAACAGUUUGGGAAAGCCUGUUCCAGUUUCAGCAUGCCCCCGUGCACAAAGCAAGGUAUUUAUCGGCGUGGAAGAACUUGACUUGCCUGCGCAGAGCCCUGACCUCAACCCCAUCAAACACCUUUGGGAUGAAUUGGAACGCCAACUGCCAGCCAGGCCUAACUGCCCAACAUCAUUGCCCGACCUCACUAAUGCUCUUGUGGCUCAAUGGAAGAAAGUCCCCGCAGCAAUAUUCCAACAUCUAGUGGAAAGCCUUCCCAGAAGAGUGGAGGCUGUGAUAGCAGCAAAGGGGAGACCAUAUUAAUGCCCAUGAAUUUGGAACGAGAUGUCCGAACAGAUGUCUACAUUAUUUUGGCCAUGUAUUGUCUCUUCAAGCUAAGCCUGAUCAUGUUGUCCUCAAAUCAAGGACACCCAGUCCUUCUGAGGGAAGACCGCCAGCACUGUUUGUCAGCCAGCUUGACUCAACAGCUUUGUUGUGAAAAGUAUUGCACCAUGGGUGAUGAAUUAGGAUGAACCGAGUUCAAGCUUAGAGACGGAAGGUGACAGGGAAGGCCGUUCUGAGGCAGAUCAAGGGACAAGACAUCUUAAAAUCUGAACAGGUGAAGCAAAUGGACAUUCUCAAAUUAUCCCCAAGUGCUUUGCCUGUGUACAUCUGAAAAUAAAAAACAUUUUAGAUUUAAGAAAUUGAAUGUUCAAAAAAGUUUUCCGCCUCCUUGUAAACUGGGGUGACUGGUAUAUGGUUGUCUUUAUGUCUCUGGUUUUGUUUACAAGGCUUUAAUUGUUUCUGGUGAAUGUUACUGUUUGGGUCUGAAUAUCUGAUGGUAUUUGUGAUUGCUGCACACAUGAAUUUGGGGCUGAGCCCCCCUUGUCCUUUACGUCUGUCAGUGUCAGCAAGACUGCUAAAAGAUUCAUUGAAGACGUCUCUCUGGAACAAGGCAUAGCAUCUCAAUCAGGAGUUUCAUCUUUGUAUGUUAUAGGUGGAACAUCUAUUGAGAGUUGAACACUUCUAGACACGUUUUCCACUGAAACUGGAGCAAAUGCAGCCCAUGUAGCUUUUUUAAUUUAGUUUUUACUACGUGCUGUCUAUAUCCUCACAUGCAUUGCAAGGCGCCAGCCUUUUGUAAAGCACAUUUAUUUCCACACUAACAUUUUAACCUUUGCUCACUUUGAAACUCCCAUGUAAAUAGAAAAUGGUCUAAUUCUAGAAGUAUAACUAUGGGCAAGUUUCACAGACCUACAUUAAGCCCACUCUUGGACUAAAUUGUACUUUUGACUAUGACUACUGUUAUGGCUCAACUUCAUUUUAAAGGUUUUGCAUCAAACUACCCUGUAUUUCAUCCAUAGUUAGUUAAACAAUGUUCUUGAAAUUUUAAGGUCUUUAUUAUCGAAAGGUAAUUUGGCAAACUCCUGGAGUCAUUUAAUCUUGGUCUGUGAAACUGGCCCUAAAUGUGUUUUUAAAAGAGGAGGUUACACACACACAUUUUGAGUUUAGGUAUGACUCUGAGAGAAGUAUUUGCAGAACUAGAUUGCAGAUAUUCCAUACAUGCUGUAUCAGAGUUUUUAAAGAACUGUGGUGUGCAUUCAUCUUUUGAGAUAUUGUAUUUAUUGUAUACUGCGUGAAGUACUGCCUGCUGCAUAGUUGUGGAUACAGUCCUCUAGUAAGAGUGGCUUUAGUGGUUGUUCAUCAUGACAUCCAUGGCUACCCAGAAAGGUAAGAGGAAAUUGGAGGAAUGUGUGUACUGAGAACAUGUAAAUAAUUUUCAUCUUAUGUAUUGCCUUCUGCAGUACCCCUAAAUUUGAACAGAUGUGAACAGUGACAGGUGGAUGGCAACAGGUCAGCCCAUUAUUCUGUCAUAGGAUGGGGUCUUUAAAUGAAAUUGCACAAACAAUAUGAAAUGAAAGGACUUUUAGUAAUCUCCUUUUGUUUCAUAUCAACACUACUGUGUUUUUGUACAUUUUUUCAUUAACAUUUUACAAAGCUCUGAAAAGAUGAAGGAAUAUUGAGAUGACUAUGAAUUGAAAAGAUACAUGUAAACGUCGAUAUCAUCAUUAGUGCCACAGUGCGCUUUUUUAUGGAUAGGUGGACGUUAUUUGGCUUGUGUAACGCAAUGCACCACCAUUAAAUGAUAUUAAACUUGUUUGUACAUUA